CAGUAGACUACUUCUUGUUUCCACGCAGUAACAGUACGUUGACUGACUGUUCAAGACCUCUCCCCUUCACUUCACUCUCGUGCCUCUCCAGGGUGUUGUUGGAGAGUCUCAUCACUGCAGCGCUCCUCUCCAGGGUGUUGUUGGAGAGUCUCAUCACUGCAGCGCUCCUCUCCAGGGUGUUGUUGGAUAGUCUCAUCACUGCAGCGCUCCUCUCCAGGGUGUUGUUGGAGAGUCUCAUCACUGCAGCGCUCCUCUCCAGGGUGUUGUUGGAGAGUCUCAUCACUGCAGCGCUCCUCUCCAGGGUGUUGUUGGAGAGUCUCAUCACUGCAGCGCUCCUCUCCAGGGUGCUGUUGGAGAGUCUCAUCACUGCAGCGCUCCUCUCCAGGGUGUUGUUGGAGAGUCUCAUCACUGCAGAAAACACCCCCACUGCAGGGUGGGAGAUGCAACAAUGGCCUUGAGAACAGCAGGAAGUGUGUUGGUGGUCUUUCUCUGGUCUGUAGCAGUUGUACUGGGUCAGGAUGGCUGGAGUGUGAAAUACACCACUCAGAGUAUCUGUGUCUUGAAGGGGUCAACAGUGGAGCUGACCUGCUCUUACACAUAUCCCAGUGGUUAUACAGUCACAACAACCUUCUGGUUCACUAAGUAUAAUGCUGUGGGUCUUGUAAGUCUGAGUGAUGACCCAGACUACAAAGGACGUGUGACGUACCGUAAGGAUAAAGAGAAUGAACACACCCUGACAAUCACAGACCUGAGAGAGAGUGACUCAGCUACGUACAAAUUCAGAUUUACAGAUCAGACUGGGAAAUGGAGAUAUACUGGCGAACCUGGAGUCACUCUGUCUGUCACAGAGUCAGGUCUUCAGGUGAAGGUGACUGGUGGACAUCAGGAUAAGACACUGACCUGUAGCACCACCUGUACUCUGACUGACAACCCCACCUACAUCUGGUACAAGAACGGACAACAUCUAGAUGAGAGCACCUCCCCCCAGUACAAAGACCCAGUCUCCAGUAACUAUGAAGACAGUUACUCCUGUGCUGUAAAAGGCCAUGAGGACCUCCACUCUCCUGCAGUGUGUGUCCAGGGUCAGGACUGCAACAGAGUGUCUUACACCAAGAGGACAAUCUGUGCCUUGAAGGGGUCAUCAGUGAACAUAUCCUGUACUUAUUUCAGUCUUUAUAAUAUCACAUCAUCACUCUGGUUUAGUCCAAAACAGAGUGACAGCUGGAGGGAUGAGUUGAUCCCUGAGGACCUAACUACAGACCCAGGGUAUGCAGGUCGUGUGGAGUUUGUUGGAGAGAAGGAGAGAGGUCAGUCCACGGUGAGAAUCACAGAUCUGAGAGAGGAGGACUCUGCUGAGUACAAGUUCAUAUUCAACACACAGACAUCAAGAUGGGGACACAGUUUCCCUGGAACAACUCUGACUGUCACAGACCUGAGGGUGAAGGUGACUCCUGCCACAGAGGCAGGGAAGAGGACACUGACCUGUAUCACCACCUGUACUCUGACUGACAACCCCACCUACAUCUGGUACCAGAACGGACACAAAGUAAAGGAGGACACUUCCAGACUGGACUCAGACUCCUUUAGUGAUGCAGACAGUUACUCCUGUGCUGUAAAAGGCCAUGAGGAUCUCCUCUCUCCUGCAGUGUGUCAGAAGUGUUGGAGUGUGACUUACACCCAUCAGAGUAUCUGUGCCUUGAAGGGGACAACAGUGGACAUAUCCUGCUCUUAUACAUAUCCUAGUUACCAUGAGAUCAAAAAAGCUUUCUGGUUUACUAAAUGGUCUGGUAGGGAUCCUGAAGAUCUGAGCUCAGUGCCAGGGUAUGAGGGUCAUAUAGAGUACCUUGGGGAUAAGGAGAGUGACUGUACCCUGAGAAUCACAGACCUGAGAUUGAGUGACUCUGCUGGGUACAGGUUCAGAUUAAUAACAUCUGGAGAAAUGGUUGCUGGCUCACCUGUCUCCCUGACUGUCUCAGAUGUUGUGUUGGAGAUGGAUCCUACAUCUGUGUCAGAUAGGGAGAAUGUCACACUGAGAUGUAGAACCAACUGUACACUGGACCCCAUCACAGUCUACAGUUGGUAUAAGAAUGGACAGCCUAUACCAAACAGCAACACCUCCUCUCCUGUCUAUAUCCUUUUCUCAGUCAGCAGUGAGGAUACAGGCAGAUACUCCUGUUCUGUAGAAGGACAUGAGGAUCUCCCCUCUGCUGAAGAGCCUCUCACUGUCACAUAUGGACCAAAGAACACCUCAGUGUCAGUCAGUCCUUCUGGUGGAAUAGUGGAGGGCAGUUCAGUGACUCUGACCUGCAGCAGUGAUGCCAACCCACCUGUGGACAUAUAUACCUGGUACAAGAAGAACGUAACCUCACCAAAAGCAUCAGGACAGAGUUACAGCAUCACUAACAUCAGCUCUGAGGACAGAGGAGAAUACUACUGUGAAGCUAGCAACAUUAAAGGGACAGAGACUUCCAUCCCUGUCCAUAUUAAUGUCAUGUUAAAUCCUGCAGCAGUGUUUCCCUGGGUUCCUGUAAUGGGGGUGGGGGCUGUCCUGACUGCUGGAGCUCUGCUCCUCACCAUCUACUGCACUCUGAAGAGGAGAUACACAGGAGAAAGUGAUGCCACAACAGACACACAGAGUGUCCAUCCUGACUGUAACAGUGACACUUACACAGGUCUGAACAUGAGGACCAUGUCCCCUGACUACGACUCUCUGGCAAGUGUCCAUUCUGACCCUAACAGUAACAAGUGCACAUCUCUGAAGAAGAAUACCAGGUCACCAGAGUGACAUCCAGGCAGUAGAGAGAUAGUGAACCACCACAGAGCCUGGACUGAAUAGAACCACCACAGAACCUGGACUGAAGAGAACCACCACAGAACCUGGAAUGAAGAGAACCACCACAGAAGCUGGACUGAAGAGAACCACCACAGAAGCUGGACUGAAGAGAACCACCACAGAUCCUAGACUGAAGAGAAUCACCACAGAUCCUAGACUGAAGAGAAUCACCACUGAAUCUAGACGGAAGAGAAUCACCACAGAAGCUGGACUGAAGAGAACCACCACAGAUCCUAGACUGAAGAGAUUCACCAAAGAAGCUGGACUAAAGAGCUACGGUUCCAAUCCAAAGCCAGGCCUCACACCUCUAUUCUCUUGCAACCAUAUCUAGAUGGUUUUCCAGACCAUGAACUUUAGCUUUGAGUAAAUGGUGGAAUAUAUUUGUAAUGUUCUUAUUAUGAUGAUAAAUGGGAUGGGUUAUGCUGCUGCUUUUUUUCAAUGGGAUUUUCCCAUUUCCAUAUUUUUUCUUGUGUCCCAAUCUGUUUCCUAUCUGUAGUUUAAGAUGACAUUUCUGAUCUGUUCCUAUGGGGUUUUGCCAUAUACAGAUGUUUUAUAACAUCAAUAGUACUACUUUCCUCAGUAACUAAUGAGGAUAAUAUUGAUAACAGCUUUCUAUUAUUUUUGUAGCUUUUGGGCCAAGUUUCUCCUGAUGUGUUUAAUGAUUUACUUUGUAUUGCUGUCAGACAUUAUUACUUAUUUGUAUGUUUUAUAUUACGUAAUCCUAUAUUGUUUUCUUUCAUAAAAAAAAAUGUAAUCAGUACAUUACAUACAUUUAAGCAUUUGCAGUUUUUUACAUGUUAUAUUAAUUAUAAUUCUAUAUUAAAAUUGUAUAUUA